AUGUCUUCGAUGAUCACUACUACGGCCUGGGUGCGGCGCGGUGUCGCGGCCCAGUUUCCUACCAAAUAUGAAAUUGACGAGGCGGAAAUGAACCGGAUAUCGAGGCUUGCUCGCAUGCAGCUUGAAGGUGCUAGGGACGAUCUUAGUGCUGCUAGGGACGAACUUAAUGCUGCUAGGGACGGACUUAAGGCUGUGAGGGACGAGCUUAAUGCUGCUAAGGGUGAUGGAGAUGCUAUGGAGGAGGACCACAAGGAUGAGGCUAUGGAAGAGGAUACUGAGAAAAAGCCGUCGAAAGAGGGCGCCGAACCCAAGACUACAAAGGAAGAGGAUGACAUCCUUAAGGAAUUCGAUAUGGAGCAUUAUGACAGCGAAGAGGUUGAUGAAGACGGCGAGAAGAUCACCAUGUUUGGGAACGUACAGUCACUCGCCUAUCACCAGCCAAACGAGGAGGACCCGUAUCUUGUCGUGCCCGAGGACGAGGACGACGAAGAGCGCGAAGAACUCCAGAUCCUGCCCACCGAUAACUUGCUUUUGGCCGGAAAGGUAGAGGAUGAGGUGGCCCACCUUGAAGUUUACGUUUACGAAGACAAGGCGGACAAUCUGUAUGUGCACCACGACAUCAUGCUGCCCGGAAUCCCGCUAUGCUUAGAAUGGCUCGAUCUCCCUGUUGGCAAGACCACCGAGAAGACACAAGGCAACUUUGUUGCUAUCGGAACUAUGGAGCCAGACAUUGAAAUCUGGGACCUGGAUGUUGUCGACUCGAUGUACCCCAAUGCCAUCCUGGGCCAAGGAGGCCAGAAUGACGAGUCCACGAAGAAGCAAAAGAAGAAGAAGGCCAAGGCAAACGAUGAGUAUCACAUUGACUCAGUACUUGCGCUCGCAGCCAACCGACAACACCGCAACCUCCUCGCCUCCGCCUCGGCCGACCGUACCGUCAAGCUCUGGGAUCUCAACACAGCCACCUGCGCCAAGUCCUACUCCCAUCACACCGACAAGGUCUGCUCGCUUGAUUGGCACCCUAAGGAGGCCACCGUUCUGUUGAGCGGUAGCUACGACCGCACCGUUGUUGCAGCAGACAUGCGUGCGCCCGACUCCCUGGCGCGUUGGGGCGUCGAUGCCGAUGUGGAGACUGUGCGCUGGGAUCCCCACGACCCUAACUUCUUUUACGUUACGACUGAUGCCGGAAUGGUCUAUCGCUACGAUGCCCGCCAUGUGCCUGCUUCUCCUGCCGAGUCCAAGCCUGUGUGGACCUUACAGGCGCACGAUUCUUCCGUCUCCUCGUUUGAUAUCCACGCAACUAUUCCCGGGUUCUUGGUUACCGGGUCCACCGAUAAGGAAGUCAAGCUGUGGAACGUCGAGAAUGACAAGCCUAGCUUGGUCGUUUCGCGUAAGCUGGAUGUCGGCAAGGUCUUCUCUACCAACUUUGCUCCUGAUGCCGAGGUGGGCUUCCGCAUUGCCGUGGCCGGUAGCAAGGGCACUGUGCAGGUCUGGGAUUCUUCCACCAACGGCGCUGUGCGCCGGACGUUUGCUUCCCGCUUGCCCGACUUGGAGGGCGACGUGGAAGAGCGCACCAUCGGUGUCAACAUUGAUGAUGAGGAGGAGUCUGAUGACGAGGGUGGUGAGGGAGGUGAGGCUGGUGGUCCUGAUGGCUGGGAGUCGAUGGAUGAGGAGUGA